AUGGCAGCCGCAAAUCCAUCAGUCAAUCUUAAUCCGAAAUAUGAUCAUUAUGAUUUCCCUACCACGUCGCCCACGGCUCAGAGUGGUCAUCCGGGACAUACGACGCCAGAGCAGGAUGCUCAGGUUGAGCAGUUGAGGUUGAAGUUGGAGGCGGCAGGGUUUACUGAGAGGUUGGAUACGCUUACUUUGCUUCGAUUCUUGAGAGCACGUAAAUUCGAUGUCCCACUUGCUGAGAAGAUGUUCGUGGAAGCUGAGCAGUGGAGAAAGGAUUUCGGACUCGAUGAACUUGUUCGUACCUUUGAUUAUAAGGAGAAGGAAGAAGUUUUCAAAUACUAUCCUCAAUACUAUCACAAGACUGAUAAGGAUGGCCGUCCAGUCUACAUCGAACAAAUGGGUAACAUCGACCUAAAUGCCAUGUACAAAAUCACCUCUUCAGAACGAAUGCUGCAAAACCUCGCCGUUGAGUAUGAAAAAAUGGCCGAUCCACGUCUUCCAGCUUGUUCUCGUAAAGCUGGUUCCCUUCUCGAAACCUGCUGCUCAAUCAUGGAUCUCAAGGGCGUUGGUCUCACAAAAGUUCCUUCUGUCUACUCAUACGUCAGACAAGCUUCAGUCAUGUCUCAAAACUAUUAUCCUGAACGUCUCGGAAAAUUGUAUCUGAUUAAUGCUCCAUGGGGCUUCUCCACUGUUUGGGGUGUUAUGAAGGGUUGGUUGGACCCUAUCACUGUUAGCAAGAUCCAUAUUUUGGGUUCAGGGUAUCAAAAGGAACUUUUGGCUCAAGUUCCCAAGGAAAAUUUACCAAAGGUUUUCGGAGGUACUUGUGAGUGUAAGGGUGGUUGUGCAAUGAGUGAUGAGGGUCCUUGGACAGAUCCUGCUUGGGCUAAACCUCCUAAGUGGGCUAGUGCUGAGAAGACUAAUGGUGAUCAACAAGUUAUUGACACGGAAAAUGUUAACCCGGGUACUAUUCCUACUGGAACCACAGCUCCGGCCCCAGUUCCCAGUGAGGAGACUGUUAAUGCACCGGUUGCUCAAUAG